AGCGGGGCGGGGCUGGGCCCCGUCUGGGGAGGGCUGAGGGGAGGCGGGGCCGGCGCGGCAGGACCCGGAGCCUACGGCAGCGCGUCGGGCACCUGGGAGCCGACUGCAGCCGCUUAGUGAGGACCUGGACAUCGCUGUGUGGCUGGCCACGGUGCACCUGGAGCAGUAUGCAGACGUGUUCCGGCGGCAUGGCCUGGCUACAGCGGGUGCAGCCCGGGGCCUGGGCCAUGAGGAGCUGAGGCAAUUGGGCAUCAACGCCACAGGGCAUCGGAAACGCAUUCUGCGCCUGCUGCAGGCGGGCACGGCAGAGGGCUCCCCGGAUCCCCAGCUGGGAAGUGCCAUGGAGCCACCGCCCAGCCCGGCCCCCCAGGCGCAGCCCCCCAAGCCUGUGCCUAAGCCCAGGACGGUAUUUGGUGGGCUCAGUGGCUCCACCACCACCCAGAGGCCUGGGUUGAGUCCAGCUCUCUGGAGACCAGAAGCAUCCAAGAGCCCAGAGCCCAGCCCGAGGUCCCCUCCUGUCCCUCAGAGGUCCUCCUCUGAGCAGCCUUCAGCCUUGAAUACUGUGGAGAUGAUGCCCAAUGCCAUCUACUUCGGCUUGGACUUAAGAGGCGGGGCACAGACGGCUCAGGACACGGCCCCAGACAGCUCCCAGACAACUGCCCCCACUCCUGCCCUCAGGCCCACAACGGGCACAGUGCACAUCAUGGACCCUGGUUGCCUGUACUAUGGUGUCCAGCCUGUGGGGGUCCCAGGGGUCCCCGACAGAAGAGAAGGCAGAGUUAUCUGUCAGGAAAGGGCUGAACACAGGCUCAGCAGGCAGGAUCUGGAGGCACGAGAGGACGCUGGCUAUGCCAGCCUUGAGCUGCCGGGGGAUUCCACCCUCUCACUGCCCGCCCUGGACGCGGAGACCAACGAUGACCUCAUUUCACCCUAUGCCAGCUUCUCCUCCACGGCAGACCGCCCCACGCCCCUGCUCAGUGGCUGGCUAGACAAGCUCUCCCCUCAGGGAAACUACGUCUUCCAGAGGCGCUUUGUGCAGUUCAAUGGGAGGAGUCUGAUGUACUUUGGCAGCGAUAAGGACCCCUUCCCCAAGGGUGUGAUCCCUCUGACAGCCAUCGAGAUGACCCGCAGCAGCAAGGACAACAAGUUCCAGGUCGUCACUGGCCAGAGGGUGUUCGUGUUCCGCACAGAGAGCGAGGCUCAGCGGGACACGUGGUGCUCCACAAUGCAAUCCUGCUUGAAGGAGCAGCGCCUCCUGGGCCACCCCCGGCCCCCACAGCCACCCCGACCCCUUCGCACGGGCAUGCUGGAGCUGCGUGGGCACAAGGCCAAGGUGUUUGCUGCGUUGAGCCCCGGAGAGCUGGCCCUGUACAAGAGUGAGCAGGCCUUCUCUCUGGGCAUCGGGAUCUGCUUCAUUGAACUGCAAGGCUGCAGCGUCCGGGAGACCAAGAGUCGCAGCUUCGACCUGCUCACACCACAUCGCUGCUUCAGCUUCACAGCCGAGUCUGGGGGGGCUCGGCAGAGCUGGGCGGCCGCUCUGCAGGAAGCAGUAACCGAGACCCUGUCUGACUACGAGGUGGCUGAGAAGAUCUGGUCCAAUCGGGCAAACCGGCACUGUGCGGACUGUGAGGCCUCCCGCCCGGACUGGGCCGCUGUCAACCUGGGGGUGGUCAUCUGCAAGCAGUGCGCAGGUCAGCACCGGGCCCUGGGUUCUGGGAUCUCCAAGGUGCAGAGCCUGAAGCUGGACACAAGUGUCUGGAGUAAUGAGAUAGUGCAGUUGUUCAUUGUCCUGGGAAAUGAUCGUGCCAACCGCUUCUGGGCUGGAGCGCUACCCCCAGGUGAAGGGCUGCAUCCAGAUAGCACCCCUGGCCCUCGGGGAGAGUUCAUCUCCCGGAAGUACCGGCUAGGUCUCUUCCGGAAACCCCACCCUCAGUAUCCAGAUCAUAGCCAGCUUCUCCAGGCACUAUGUGCAGCUGUGGCAGGACCCAACCUGCUAAAGAACAUGACCCAGCUCCUCUGCGUCGAGGCUUUUGAGGGAGAGGAGCCCUGGUCCCCUCCAGCCCUCGAUGGCAGCUUCCCUGGUCUCCUGCCCGCAGACCCCUCCCCUGGCGUGUACAAUGAGGUGGUGGUGCCUGCCACUUACAGCAGCUUCCUGUACUGUGGUCCCGUUAGCAACAAAGCUGGACCGCCACCCCCUCGCAGGGGCCGAGAUGCUCCCCCCCGACUGUGGUGCGUGCUGGGUGCGGCUCUGGAAAUGUUUGUGUCAGAAAGCAGCCCUGAACCCCUCAACCUCAUCCAGCCCCAGGAUGUCGUAUGUCUGGGUGUGAACCCCCCACCCACUGACCCAGGUGACCUCGACAGGUUCCCGUUUUCCUUUGAGCUCGUCCUCACUGGGGGGAGGAUCCAGCAUUUUGGCACAGAUGGAGCCGAGAGUCUGGAGGCCUGGACCAGCGCUGUGGGCAAGUGGUUCUCCCCACUGAGCUGUCACCAGCUGCUGGGCCCUGGGCUGCUGCGGCUGGGCCGCCUGUGGCUGCGGUCCCCUUCCCAUACUGCCCUGGCCCCUGGCCUCUGGCUGUCUGGGUUCGGACUUCUUCGUGGAGAUCACCUCUUCCUGUGCCCAGCAUCGGGCCCGGGCCCCCCAGCCCCCGAGGACAUGGUUCAUCUGCGCCGGCUACAGGAGAUCAGUGUGGUCUCAGCCACUGACACCCCAGACAAGAAAGAGCAUUUGGUUCUGGUGGAGACAGGAAGGACACUGUAUCUGCAGGCAGAGGGCCGGCUAGACUUCUCAGCAUGGAACGCGGCCAUUGCCGGGGCAGCCGGCGGGGGAGGCACAGGGCUGCAGGAGCAGCAGAUGAGCCGGGGUGACAUCCCCAUCAUUGUGGAUGCCUGCAUCAGUUUUGUCACUCAGCAUGGGCUCCGGCUGGAGGGCGUAUACCGGAAAGGGGGUGCCCGCGCCCGCAGCCUGCGGCUCCUGGCUGAGUUUCGGCGGGAUGCCCGGUCAGUGAAGCUCCGACCAGGGGAGCACUUUGUGGAGGAUGUCACUGACACGCUCAAACGCUUCUUUCGAGAGCUUGAUGACCCUGUGACCUCUGCUCGGUUGCUGCCUCGCUGGAGGGAGGCUGCCGAGCUGCCCCAGAAGAACCAGCGCCUGGAGAAAUACAAAGAAGUGAUUGGCUGCCUGCCACGGGUCAACCGCCGCACGCUGGCCACCCUCAUUGGGCAUCUCUAUCGGGUGCAAAAGUGUGCGGCUCUAAACCAGAUGUGCACGCGGAACCUGGCCCUGCUAUUUGCACCCAGCGUGUUCCAGACGGAUGGGCGGGGGGAGCACGAGGUGCGGGUGCUGCAGGAACUCAUUGACGGCUACAUCUCUGUGUUUGAUAUCGACCCUGACCAGGUAGCUCAGAUUGACUUGGAGGUCAGUCUUAUCACCACUUGGAAGGAUGUGCAGCUGUCCCAGGCUGGAGACCUCAUCAUGGAGGUUUUUAUAGAGCAGCAGCUCCCAGACAACUGUGUCACCCUGAAGGUGUCCCCAACACUGACUGCCGAGGAGCUGACUAACCAGGUACUGGAGAUUCGGGGGACGGCAGCCGGGAUGGACUUGUGGGUGACGUUUGAGAUUCGAGAGCGUGGGGAGCUUGAGCGGCCACUGCACCCCAAGGAAAGGGUCCUAGAGCAGGCCCUACAAUGGUGCCAGCUCCCAGAGCCCUGCUCGGCCUCCCUGCUCUUGAGAAAAGUCUCCCUGGCCCAUGCCGGCUGCCUCUUCACAGGUAUCCGCCGUGAGAGCCCACGGGUGGGCCUGUUGCGGUGUCGGGAAGAACCGCCCCGCUUGCUGGGAAACCGCUUCCAGGAGAGAUUCUUUCUGCUGCGUGGCCGCUGCCUGCUGCUGCUCAAGGAGAAGAAGAGCUCUAAACCAGAACGGGAGUGGCCUUUGGAAGGUGCCAAGGUCUACCUGGGAAUCCGCAGGAAGUUCAAGCCUCCCACCCCGUGGGGCUUCACGUUGAUCCUGGAGAAGAUGCACCUCUACCUGUCCUGCACAGACGAGGAUGAGAUGUGGGACUGGGCCACCAGCAUCCUCAAAGCCCAGCAUGAUGACCAGCAGCCAGUGGUCUUACGACGCCGUUCCUCCUCUGACCUCGCCCGUCAGAAGUUUGGCACCAUGCCUUUGCUGCCCAUCCGUGGGGAUGACAGUGGGGCCACCCUCCUCUCUGCCAAUCAGACCCUGCGGCGACUUCACAACCGGAGGACCCUGUCCAUGUUCUUUCCGAUGAAGUCAUCCCAGGGGUCUGUGGAGGAGCAAGAGGAACUGGAGGAGCCUGUGUACGAGGAGCCGGUAUAUGAGGAAGUGGGGGCCUUCCCCGAGCUGACCGAAGACACCUCCACCUCCUUCUCCAUCACACCGGAGCGGACAGCCAAGCCAGAGACCCCACUGGCCAGCCAGCGGUCCUUUGAUCAGUCUCCUCUGCCCAAAGCAGGCCCCCUGGGCUGGGAGGAGAGACCACCUGAGCCCCCUCCGGGGCCCCCUUCAAAGAGCAGCCCCCAGUCACGUGGGUCCCUGGAGGAGCAGCUGCUCCAGGAGCUCAGCAGCCUCAUCCUGAGGAAGGGAGAGACCACCGUAGGCCUGGGCAGCCCCUCUCAGCCCUCCAGCCCCCAGCCCCCGAGCCCCAAUGGCCUUCCAACACAGACACCUGGCUUCCCCACCCAAGCUCCCUGCACUUCCAGUCCAUCCCCCAGCCAGCCCCUCACAUGACCCUGGGACCAGCAGUCUGAGGAGUAGGUAACCAAAGGCCCAAGCUCUCCCCAUGGCAGACCCUGCUGGGAGCAUCCUUUGCCCUGGUUGAUAAGACUCUAGAAGCCAGUAUAGUGCUGUGGAAGGAGAACGGGGCCGAGAACUCCCGAGGCUGCGUCCUGCUCAGAGAAAGGCAGGUCGUGGUGCCUCUCUGGGCCUCCGCUGACUUACCUGUACCAUGAAGUAACUGAAAUAAGGAGAAUGGUGAAUCUCAAACUGUUUCUCAGAGCUGUAAGCCCCACAUAGUUUCCCUCGAGAAGGGCAGCUUCCGCUCUAUGUAUUUGAUAUGUAGGGGUUCUAUGAGAGAUCUUGGGUUUGAAAAGAAUGGUUUUAUGCAUUAACAAAAAAAAGAUUUGGAAGGCACAGAUUUGAAUGAUCUCCAAGUUUAUCCUACCCCACCUUCAACAUUCAGAGACUACAGUGAAGCCCCAGAGUGGGGAGGUUGAUUAGGGCUGGGAACUGGGGCAAAGAGGAGCCAGAAAGGAUGCGUCACUGUUAAUAAA